UGUACUGUGGUCUGAUGGGCUUGCGGUUCUGCUAAGAUUUUGUGGGGCGGGGCUUUCAGUAAGCAGGAAGUGUGACGUAACGUUUAUUUUGGAAAAACGAAGACAGACGUGACGGAAGAAUGGAGCAGACAGCUGAAGAUUACAAGCUGAUAUUCGAGAAGGAGGGGGUGUACCUCCACACGAACGCCAAGAGGAGUAACCAGGACACAACCAUCCCUGGGUUCAUCCGGAUUGUGGAGCGGGCUGGCGUGCCGGCGUUAGAGUGGAGCCCACUGGAGGAUGAGGGUCGCGGCGCCCCUGCUGUGCUCUACUCCAAAAAGGAUGGAGAGGAGGAGACAAACUUCGACCCCGGGUAUGAGCCAGACUGGGCGGUCGUCAACACAGUGAAGAGGGAUCGAGAACACGUCCCGGUCAGAGACUCAGGUCACUGGUCGUUCUCUCUGCCUCUCUCGGAGUUGUACUCCCUCCGCAGAGCUCGCUUCUCCUUGGGUCGAAACUUCCUGGUGCUGACGAGUAGAGGAGGCCACCCGCUGCCUCCUCUGCACUUCCACCGGGGAGGAACCAGGGAGCUGCUGAGGGCCCUGCAGCGUUACAUCAUCCUGGACCAGUCACCGGUGGACGGGCGGCUCUUCAUCGCCUACCCUCAUGACUCAGGUGCUCUCUCUCAGUCCUUCGACAAGCUGCAGCUCUUUGAUGACGGCUCGGAUCUCGUUUCGAGAUUCAUCCAGGACCCGUAUGCCACCACAUUUGGUGGAUUCUCCAAAGUCACCAAUUUCUUCAGGGAGGCACUUCGACCCCCGGGUUCCACCUCCUACUCUCGCACUGCUCAGGAUCCGAGUUUGCACCCCCAGUCCGAUGACGAGCCCGGCUUCGAACUCAUCACCUGCGGGGUGGAGCUUGGUCCCAAACCCGACGUGACCAGGGGGCAGCCUCUAGACAAAUGGGAUGAGUUUCUGGACCCGGAGGGCCGAGUCAAGAACCCGGAGAGGAUCAAAGAGCUGGUGUUCAGAGGGGGCAUCUCACCGUCCCUGAGGAAGGACGUAUGGAAGUUCCUGCUGGGCUUUUAUCCGUGGAACAGCACAGCCAAGGAAAGAGAGGACAUUCUGCGGGUCAAAACGGAUGAGUACUUCAGAAUGAAGGUGCAGUGGAAGUCGGUGAGCGAGGAGCAGGAGAUGAGGAACUCGCUCCUCAGAGGAUACAGAAGCCUGAUAGAGAGAGACGUCAGCAGGACAGACAGACACAAUACGUUCUUCUCCGGGAACGACAAUCCAGGACUGGCUCUGCUCCACGACGUGCUGAUGACGUACUGCAUGUACAACUUUGAUCUCGGUUAUGUCCAGGGGAUGAGUGAUCUCCUCUCUCCUGUCCUGUUCGUCACCCAGAACGAGGUGGAGUCCUUCUGGUGUCUGACAGGCUUCAUGGAGCUGGUGCACCAGAACUUUGAAGAGUCUCAGGAGGCCAUGAAGCAGCAGCUCCUUCAGCUCAGUAUCCUGCUGAGGGCUCUGGACCCGGAGUUGUGUGACUUCCUGGACUCUCAGGACAGCGGCUCGCUUUGCUUCUGUUUCCGCUGGCUGCUCAUCUGGUUCAAGAGAGAGUUUUCCUUUGAGGACAUCCUCAUCUUGUGGGAGGUCCUCUGGACUCGUCUUCCGUGUGACAACUUCCACCUGCUGAUCGCCUGUUCGAUCCUGGAGUCCCAGAGAGGAGAGCUGAUUGGCUCAGACCACGACUUCAACACCAUCCUGAAGCACAUCAAUGAGUUGACGAUGAAGCUGGACGUGCAGAGUGUCCUGCGUGGAGCGGAGGCCAUCUACCUGCAGCUGGUUCAGUGCAAGGAGCUUCCCCUGAAGGUGCAGCAGGUUUUGGGUCUCUACGUCCCCUCCAGCUCCGAGGACGAGAGCCCAGACUCCGAGGCCAGCGAGACGCAACGCCUCCUCAGCCAGUCCCAGGCGGGGGCUGCUUCGUCUAAUUCAGCACGCACGCCAACCUGUCCCUAAAUAUGGAGGUCAGCUGGUGGACUGGUGGUUUCCAGGAAGUGAAUGGAAGGUUUCUGUGUGUGAAUAACUGAACAUAUAUACUCUGUCAUCCAGUGAGAAGGAAUGAAGACUUUGUUGAAGGGCAGGGGGCGUCGUUGAGGUUUUUUUUCUUUCUAAUGUACCCACGAAUGUUAAAAUUCAAGAUGUUUAAACACUGUUGUCCUCGCAGUGCUCUUUAUGUAUGUUGUCGUCGUCCUCCUCCGCCGUCUUCACCUGUUCACACGUGUCUCUGCUGAGGAGAACGGCCAUCUUUCCUGCUCUCCGCCCGCCCUUUGAUGCUGCUCUUUUUUCCCCAAAUCAUGUAACGACUGUACUCAUGUGUGACUCCCUUGUAGCGCGUUUUGUCAUGUUUGCUUUGUCUUCCCUUUGCGUCCCCUCGCCUGCAAAGGGAAGCGGAUGAAGGACAAGCUCCCUGGCAGCACUUUGUCAGUACUGUAUGACGCCAUUCCAGCCCUAUGCAAUCUUUUUUGCAUGCCUUAUAGCUUUCACAUGUGGCGUGGUAGUAUUUUAAGCCUUGUAAUUACGUGUAUUAUGCUGUAACAUUUUCACCCGCUGAUUAUUACCAAAUAAAGGGUUGACUCUU